AAAUGGCGCGUGAAUGGGCCGUGGCCGUGUUCGGCGUCGCCCCGCCGCGAUUCGGCGAACCUGUUUCGUUCUCGUAGCCAGUCCGUCGAAUUGGAACGCGAGUUUACGUGCCUAGUGCCUCAAGUACUGCCCUGCCCAUUAGCCAAGAGCAAGAACGAACGUUAUCCUUAUCAAUUUGCCUGAGACAUAUAACCCUGUGCAUUUUAACGUGACAUUUCGUGUGACGCUUUUAUCGCGGCAUUACGCCGUUUAAUGGAUAUCGCGUCCGCAUCCUAAGGACACAGGGCUGAAACAUGCCGGAAGAACAGAAAUCGGGUGGCGGGGCGGCGGAAGUUAUGGCGGCGGAAAAUGGUACCGGAACCAGCUCACCCAGCAAGAGUCCAGUUAGCAAAGGGAAAACUGCAGUGGCCAAGGUUACUCUACUCGAUGGCACCGUCAAAGACUUUAGCAUCGAUAGGAAAGCAAAGGGUCAGGACCUCUUGGACAAAAUAUGCCAGAGUAUGAAUCUUCUGGAGAAGGAUUACUUUGGUCUCGUCUACGAGGACAGGCAUGAUCCACGUAAUUGGUUAGAUCUUGAUAAGAGGAUUACAAAAUUUUUAAAAAAUGAACCGUGGAAGUUCAGUUUCGAGGUCAAGUUCUAUCCUCCGGAUCCGGCACAGCUCCAGGAAGAUAUUACACGUUAUCAGUUUUGUCUACAAAUCAGGAACGACAUCAUCACAGGCCGUCUGCCAUGUUCCUUCGUAACACAUGCUCUGCUCGGUUCGUAUCUCGUUCAGUCGGAGGUUGGCGAUUACGAUCCAGAGGAACAUGGCAGGACGUACCUGAAGGACUUCAAGUUUGCACCAAAACAAUCACCCGAACUGAUAGAGAAGGUCAUGGACCUUCACAAAACACACAAAGGACAAACACCAGCCGAGGCUGAACUGCAUUAUUUGGAGAAUGCAAAGAAAUUAGCCAUGUACGGGGUAGAUCUUCAUCCUGCUAAGGAUUCCGAAGGCGUGGACAUUAUGCUAGGUGUAUGCUCUUCCGGUCUUCUGGUCUACAGAGACAGACUGAGAAUCAAUCGAUUCGCCUGGCCUAAAAUAUUGAAGAUUUCCUACAAGAGACACAACUUUUAUAUCAAGAUCAGACCUGGGGAAUUCGAACAGUUUGAAUCCACCAUUGGUUUCAAGCUGGCGAAUCACAGAGCAGCUAAGAAAUUGUGGAAAGUCUGCGUGGAGCAUCACACUUUCUUCAGGCUCAUGAGUCCAGACCCUGUUAAGAAAGUCGGAUUGAUACCUCAUCUGGGAUCUCGGUUCCGAUAUUCCGGAAGGACUCACUACGAGACGAAAAAGACUCCCAUAGACAGGCAGCCACCGCAAUUCGAAAGAUCUCUGAGUGGUCGCAGACUCACGUCACGAAGCAUGGAUGCUUUGGGCGGUCCAAGGCCAGUCGAAACUUAUGGUUCCGAGCCAAGCAAACGACACACCAUGAGCUAUGAACCCGACAUGAUACCAGACAUGGACCACAUAGACCAGCAGCGACCUAGUCCCAUCAAGAAGCAAAAGGAGAAGCUGACACGAAAAACAAGCGCUGGAACAACCUCAGCCAGCAGUACCAGUAGCCUGGAAGGGGAGUAUGACGCCGAUCGUGGCAAAAAGAAACCGAUCGGAGGAAUCGCGGUACUACCGCCCGGUGGUCUCUCGAAGAAGAAGAAGGAUAAACAGAACGAAAACGAAAAGGAGAACCACAAUGAUCUCAACAAUUCCGAUUUGAUAAACGAGAGCGCACUGCUCGACAACAGCGACGAUAAGUCGCCCAGUAAAAAGGAGUUAAAAAAGAAAGAUAAGGAAACACCCGAGAAGCGGGACAAGGAAAAGAAGGAGAAGGUCAAGAGUCCGGUUGGUGGGUUCCUGUUUGGAAAAAGAGACAAGGACUCGAAGCAGAAAAAGCAAAAGAAAAACAAGGAACUCGACGAGUCGACCGACAAGAGCGAUGUCGAAUCGAAUCUGUCUGCAUCUGAGAAGCGCGCCAAGACGCCAGAAGACAAAUCCAAGAGCGAGAAGGAACAGGGUUCACCCAGGUAUACGAAACCGUAUGACUACGAAGAGACGGAAAAGUCACCCACGAGGAAGCCCUUUACACCACAUGGAUUCUCUUAUGAGGAUAGGCCAGCGUCGCCAGGAGUUCACGAUCAGCAGUCGCCCUCUGGAGCCAGUAGAAAGGCUACAGGGUUGGCCUUUAAUUAUGCACCGGGGGAAGAAAAGAAACUCGUGGAAUCUGCGGAGAAACGUAAAACCAAGGACUCCGAUGUUCCUAAGGCUCCAGCUGGUUUAAGAACGCCAGGUCUUAACUACGUCGAAUCGGCUGGACUUAAGGAACAGCAAAAAUCUAAGCCUGAGCCCGAUGCCAAACAAGCAACAUCCGCUUUCAUAGCUGGUGAACUUCAAAAUCUGGAUGCUUCAAGCCGCGGAGGUGUGCUCCUACCAGGAACAACUGAAUCCAAGCCUGAAUAUCAUGUGCUACCAUUACCGGCUGGGUCCAAGGUAAUCGGAGGAAUAAUUUACACAAAGGAAGGUAAACCGUUGGACCAGAGUACUCUUGGUCCUGAAGGAAGUAGAAUUAUCGACGGAAAAGUCUGUGGAAAGGAUGGAAAUCCUAUUAAGAAAUUUGACUUUGGUCCUCAUGGUACCCAUGUAGUAAAUGGUAUAGUUACUGGAAAGGAUGGCAAGAGCUUAUAUCAGGAAACUCUUGGUACCGAUGGUAACAGCAUCAAAAAUGGUAUCAUUUAUGGUCCGAAUGGACAAGUACUGAACAAAAGAGCCCUGGGUCCGGAUCAUACUCUAGUGAAGGAUGGUAAGGUUGUUUCCAAAAAUGGUAAACCUUUCCAUCUUGAUAAGCUUGGAGCAGAUGGUACAUACAUCAAAGAGGGACUUGUGUUUGCUCAUGAUGGUAAACCUCUGACACAGGGAUCUUUUGGAACCGAUGGAGACUACAUCGUGGGAGGUAUGGUUUGUAACAGUGACGGUAAGCCACUUAACCAAAUUGCAGUACUUCCUGACACGACUUACGUAUGUGAUGGUUUGAUUCAUGGACGGGAUGGAAAACCUUUAGCGAGCGGUGACCUGGGUCACGAAGGAAAUUUCGUCACGGAAGGCAAGGUAUACUCCAAGGAUGGGAAGCCAGUCAAGAGCGAAUCUUUUAGCUCGGAUGGUUCUACGAUUAAGGAUGGUAUUGUCUAUGGUAAAGACGGUAAAUUCCUUAAUCAAGGAUCCUUACUUCCUAAUGGUGCUCAUCUAAAGGAUGGUAAAGUUGUCGGGAAGGACGGGAAAGUAAUAAAACAUGCCUUCUACAAACCGGAUGGCAGUUUUGUCAAAGACGGUAUUAUUCAUGGAAGGGAUGGCAGACCUCUUAGUCAGAUUCCGCUGAUUGCUGAUGGAGCUUUUGUUAAGGAGGGAAUAUUUUAUGAUAAGAAUGGUAAACAACAUAAACAGAGUCUCUUCAAACCGGAUAAUAUUGUUAUUAAAGAUGGCGUUGUACAUGACUUUGAGGGAGUACCUCUGUCUCAUGGAUUCCUAGGACCAGAUGGUCUUACCAUCAAGGAUGGUGUUGUCCUUGGUAAAGAUGGUAAACCGGCCAAACAAGAAUCUUUCGGCGCAAACGGAAAUUACAUAAAGAAAGGAGUGAUCUAUGCAAAGAACGGUAAACCACUGAACCAGGAUUCUUUGGUUCCUGAAGGUGCAAGUAUCAAAGACGGUAAAGUGUACAAUAAGGAUGGUAAACUGAUGAAGGCAGCCUUUUAUAAACCAGACGGUAGCUACAUUAAAGAUGGAUAUAUUUAUGGAAAGGAUGGCAAACCAUUGAACUUGAGUUCUGCCUUGCCUGCGGACAGUUACAUAACUAAUGGUAUAAUAUUCGACCACAAUGGAAAGCCUCUGGAUAAGGAUACUUUUGGCUCCGAUGGCUCUUAUGUGGCAGCUGGAUUAAUUUAUGGAAAGGAUGGAAAGAUUGUUGCGGAAGGAGCAUUUGGUCCUGAUGGUAACAAGAUCAAGGAUGGUCUCAUCAUUAGUCGAGAUGGUAAACCUUUGACUCAGGAUGACAAGGGUCCUGAUAAUCUAGCUAUCAAAGAAGGUAAAAUCGUUGAUGCCCAAGGAAAACCCAAGAAUCAAGGCUCACUGGUACCUGAUGGUUGCUACAUUCAAGAUGGAAUAGUUUACGAUCAGAACGAACAGCCUCUGAAGCAAGGAGCUUUUAGACCUGAUGGCACUUAUAUAAGAGACGGUCUUAUUUACGGCUGGGGCGGUCAGCUCAUGAACACUGGAACAGAAUUGCCAAGUGGGUGUUACGUGGAGGAAGGUAGACUCUAUGGUAAGGAUGGACAACCAUUGAAUCACAGCUCAUUCGGUAGCGAAGGAGGUUUCAUUCAGAAUGGAUUCAUUUAUGGGAAAGACAUGAAGCCUCUGCAACGUGGAACUUUUGGUACUGAUGGUAGCUACAUUCAAGAUGGUACGAUAUAUGCUCCUGAUGGUAAACCAUUGAAUAAGAAACAAUCCAUCAUCACUGUUAGUCUUGUUCGGUAUGGUUUGAUCUAUGGAAAGGAUGGUAGACCAUUAAAGGCUGGUACUUUCGACGCUGAAGGUAGUGUCGUGAAGAAUGGUAGGAUUCAUGACCGCAGUGGGCAACCUUUGAACCAAAACAUUUACGGAUCUGAUGGUAAUUUCAUAAAGGAUGGCUUGAUUUAUGCACGCAAUGGUAAACCACUUCAGAAGGGACCACUUCCUGCGGAAACUAGUUUCAUCAAGAAUGGAAAGGUUUUCGAAUCUAAUGGACAACCUUUGACCCAGGAAGCAUUUGGUCCAGAGGGUCUGAGAAUCGUACAGGGUAUUGUUGUGGAUAAGGCUGGCAAACCUUUGAAGCAGGCAAACUUUGACACCGAAGGCAAUGUGGUUAAGGAUGGAAUUAUUUACAAUGCUGCAGGGAAACCAUUGGAUAAGAAAUAUACUGUCUAUACAAUUACGCUCGUUAGAAAAGGCUUGGUCUGUGAUAAGAAUGGUAAACCAGUGACAAAUGCUCCAUUCGGUGAAGAUGGAAGUUUCGUCAAGGAUGGAAGGAUCUAUGAUAGAGCUGGAAAACCGUUGAAUCAAGAAAUAUUUGGAGAGGAUGGUGGUUUCAUCAAGGAUGGUCUUGUUUAUGACAGCACGGGCCGUCCUCUGGAUCAGGAACCCAUUUCUGAUGAAACAUCUUACAUUGAGGAUGGCAAGAUCUUUGGACCUAAUCGUCUGCUUCUGAAUCAGGAUAGAUAUGGACCAGAGGGUUACAGGGUCGUAGAUGGUAUUGUCGUGGACAAAUCCGGUCAGCCUCUGAAGCAGGGAAGCUUUGGAUCAGAUGCCUUCAUCAAGGAUGGUAGAGUUUAUGGAAGUGACGGAAAACCACUCUUCAAGAAAUUCACUGUCAUCACGAUAACUAUGGUUAAGGAAGGUUUAGUUUGCGACAAGAAUGGAAAACCUCUGACCGAGGGACCAUUUGGCACUGAUGGUAGUUUCGUUAAGGAUGGUAAAAUCUAUGACAAGACAGGGAAACCACUGAAUCAACCAUCCUUUGGUACCGAUGGUAGUUUCAUUAAAAAUGGUAUUAUCUGUGCAAGAGAUGGUAAACCUUUGGAGCAGGGGACUAGCACUCAAGAGGAGGAUCAAAAUACUUACAUAGAUGAUGGUAAGAUCUACGACAUUACUGGACAACCCUUAACCACUGAGUCUUAUGGUCCUCAAGGAUACAAGGUGGUAGCUGGUGUCGUUUAUGGACGUGAUGGAAAACCACUGAAGUCAGGACAAUUCGGUUCAGAAGGUAGUUAUGUCAAAGAUGGAAAGGUCCUUGGCAAGGAUGGAAAACCUUUGACCAAAGAGUCCCGACUGGUCACUAUAACAUUUGUGAAAUACGGUUUAGUCUGCGAUAAGGAUGGUAAACCAUUAAUUGAUAAACCAUUCGGUGAUGAUGGCAGCUAUGUCAAGGAAGGCAAAAUAUUUGGACCUGACAAUAAACCUCUAAAUCUGGAAUCAUUCGGAUCUGACGGCUCUUACAUAAAGGAAGGAGUAAUCUGUAGUAAAUAUGGUAAACCACUAGAUCAGGGUCACAUGGGUCCCGAUGGUACUUAUGUAGAGAAUGGCAAAGUAUAUGGAGUCGACGGGAAACCACUUACUCAAAAUCCAUUUGGUCCUGAAGGAUGUCAAGUUGUUUCUGGAAUUAUUUACGGCAAGAAUGGUAAACCCUUAAAUGAGACCAACUUUGACACUGAUGGUAGUCAUGUCAAAGAUGGUUUAAUUUACUCCAAGGAUGGAAAACCAGCCAACAAAGACAGUCUCUCUCAUAUCUACAAAAUAGUCUACAUCACAAAACACAUUGUAGUUAAACCUGGUGAAGAUAUCAGCAACUUAGUAACCGAAGCAAAACAAGGAUUCUACGAUGACCCAAGAUACAGAAAUAUCACAUCGAUGAGUUCCUUCGGUAAGGAUUCCAAAUCUUAUCCAGUAUCUGGUGGUGCUUAUGAGAGUGGCUCUGGUGAAGACAGUGAUGACGACCUGGAACAGUAUGGCGAAGGCAAAGGAGAUAUCAUGAAGGAACUCAGAGGUGCACCUAAGAUAAAUAUUCCAAAAUUGAAAAAAGCCACAGUACCAGUCACCACACCAACAAUAGUGAAAACCACUACGAAGCAAUCUGUUGUCAAGGAUCAGGAGGGAGUCACCCAGAAUAUCGAAGAAAAAGUUGAGGACCUGACACCAGGAGGCACAGGAAACAUAACAGUUUCUACUCAAGUGAAUAAGGCAGAGGCACCUGAUGACGGUAGAGCUCCAUACAUGACAGCAACCGCUGUAACAACACGUACAGCGACGAUGCACGAGGAUCUGGAAAAGAAUCAGAAGACAAGUCAGGUCGAAGAGAAAACAGUAGCCCACACGACUGCUACCAGUGCUACCAGGCAAGAGCAACGAGUCGUUACCCAGGAAGUGCGAACAACCAGUCAUGUAUUGUCCGGAGAACAGCUGGUCUCGAGACGACUCAGUACCUCCAGUUCGAGCAGUGGUGAUUCAGGCACUCCCAUCGAUCUUGACGACGAUCAACAGGCUUUCUACAAUCAGUACUAUCAGGGAGAUCCAGCAGGUAUCGUGGCAACGGAGUCUCACGUUUACACGGGCGACACCGACAAUAACGUGACAACAACAACCACAGUACCAUUGGUAGCAACCGAGACCAGAAAAGUCGCCCUAGAGAGCGAAGACGGCAAUUACAGUGCCAGCGGGGAAAUAGUCAGCUCCCAGACCAUAUCGAGCAAAACUCGUACCGUCGAAACGAUUACGUACAAAACGGAACGUGAUGGAGUAGUGGAGACGCGCGUGGAGCAGAAAAUAACGAUACAAUCGGACGGCGAUCCCAUCGAUCAUGACAAAGCACUGGCGGACGCCAUUCAGGAAGCCACCGAUAUGAAUCCAGACAUGACAGUGGAGAAGAUCGAGAUACAGCAGCAAACGGCGCAGUAAUCAUUAUGAAUUAUUUCAAUGCGUUAACGAAAGAAAGAUAAUCGAGAGCGCCAUUACGUGAAUUGGCAGGGCACCUCGUCCUUGAGUGAUUUAUUAAAAGGGACUGAAAAGGAAGAAGUGAAAUUAAAGAUCUUACGACGAACGACAUCCUUUCGUCAUUUUACGCAUUUAAACGUACAUUCGAAAUCCUCGCCUUUUCGAAACGCACGUACGAGAACCAAUCAGACUGACGAACGUUGUUUUGUCAACGAUCUACAAAAAAGUGUUCGGCAAAGCUGCUCAUUGUAGCUUUUUCAAAAUUCUGGAUAUUAAUAACGACCUGAUAAACACGAUGUCGUUAAUUGAACGUAUAAGUACGUAGCUUCAAGAUUCGGUUGUGAACCGACCUUAACUAUGUAGCUUUUACCGUGAAGUUCUUAAAAUAAGCGUGAUAUACGUCGUAUCGUAAAACUGUCUAAACGUGUUCAUAUUUGAAAUAUUGAAAAUGAGUAUAAUAUAUAUACAUAAACAUAGACGCAGAGACAAAAAUACACACCAUAAAUUAUUAUAUUGUAUACAUGCGUAUGAAAUAUACGUUUAUUAGAUCAAAGUACGCUGGACAGGGUGCCCUGCCUAAGUAUUUUUUUCCAUUUAAUGAAUAAUCAAAAGAUUUGGCUGGUAGGGUCAGGGGUCAUUGACUAACCUUCAAUCCGUUCUUCAGCCCGGAACAUUCGGCUAGGUCGUUUCAAAUUGAAAUGAUCUUUAUCAACAAAGUAUAUUACGAGACUGCGGACUCAGGUCUAGUUCUUCUUCACAGAUUCUUUAAAUUGCUUUUAUCGAGUAACAGAAGACGAGCUCUCGUCACUUUGCAUUGAUUCUAUUCUUGAGAAAUUUUUAUUUAACUGUGUCAACAAGCUACUUUAAACCCCACUUUGAAACACAUUUACAAAGCUCUUGACGUACUCCCAGACAACACCGCGCGUAAUGCUCGGUAAUAAAUCUGUUUUAAAGGCACGUCUUCUUUGGAGAUGAUGCGUCUUGUAUGCUUUUCAAGAUCGAAAUUGAUGGGAAGGAAUAAAUGUAAUGGGGAAUUUGCGUACAACAUCUGGGUGCGACGUUCGUGCAUUGCGAUACAUAUUAGCUUUGUCGCGAUAUUGUCUGUAUAGUACGACAACUGAUAUGGUAGAUAUUUUGACUUUUUAAAACAGAUAUUAUAUAACGAUUAAUUAAUAUUCGAGAAAAGUCAGAGGUGUCUGGAUAUAAAAUAUUAAUAUAUUAUUAUAUCUAUAUAUUGCUAGGCAACUUGGCCUUUUGCGAUUGUCGAGCUUUCCUUAGAAUCCCUCGCGCUCGGUCGCUGAAAAUUGGAGAGAAAAUGAAAGGAAAAAAAAUUUAACUUGUAUCUUGAGGAAAGUUUCUUUUGACCGAAAACAAAAUACCAAGGAACAAUUAAAUUUUAUCUUACAUCGCGACGACGGCUUUCCGGAACGCUCGUAGAUUCCGCUUGUCCAAGUGGUACAUUAAUUAUAAUAAUUAAUAAUAAUAGAUUAAUAAAUUAUACAUAACAUGCCAAGUGCAAUGAAUGCAUUGGUCAGCGUAUAUGUCUAAAUUUAGCUGUAGCUUGUGUAGUCUUAGGUAAUACGAAUUGCGAUUUAGUAACGGAAUUCUUGUUGAUUUUAGCGUUUUAACUUUUCGAGUUUGUUUCUAACGAGUACAGAUCAGUCGGUUAUUGUUUUUUGAAAAUAUACAAGAAACAACACAAUGGUCCGUAAUGAAAGCUCGUUGAAACAGAAGAAAAUUGUCUGUGAAAUUUCUACAAAACCGUUUCACGAGUUUUUUCAAUUUAUUUCAUUCUUACCUGAGAUUUAUAAUCUUUCAUUGGACACAAUGUGACUGCCGGCUGCUUCAUACUCGUUGGUAAUAGAUGCAUUUGUUUAUUUUUCUACUUUUACACAGUGAUAAGUGCAGGCAUCUAUUCUAGGUUUAUUGUCCUCGCUGUAUUUUUUUUUUUAAAUUAAAAACAAUAUGCGUGCUUUUCUGUUCCGUCUCCUAUAAUCGGAUCAGUCCGGUGCGAGCUUCGUUGAUGCUUGCCUGAAAUAAAAAAGCCGCCAUUAGAGUGUAUUCUGGGUAAAGAAGAGGCAACAGUUCCCCGUUUAGUAGAGGAAAAAUGUAAUUUAUUAUUAUCCCAUUUUUUCAACGUGGCCUUUUAGUCUUGCCUAACAGUGAGACCGACUGAUUUUCCUCUUGCUACAAGGAGACAUUUAAAAGAAAAAAUCCUAGACUGUCAACCAUCAAUUCCAACAGUUAAUAAGAUAAAUCCUUAUGAAUUUCAUAGCUGCUCGCUCUAAUGAAGUGUCGCAGCGAUACACUUGAUGAAAUCGAAAGAGAUUCUUUUUUAAUCGAAUGCAUCCCUUUCACCUCUUGUACCUUAUCUAACAUUCCAUGCUUUGAGUGACUAACGUUCAUGUACCAUAAAUAUAUCGUAUCGUCGAGUGAUUGGCUCGUUUAUAAGUCCGUCUUUAUUUUAGCUCUGCUUGGAGAUAAUACAAGAAAGAAAAUUAACGUAAAACCGACCUCUGUCGUUGCGCGACAGUGUUGCUCAAUAAUCAGGGAUUAAUUAUCAUUACUGACUUUAUGAAACUUCCAAAUAGUUUGCCAUAGGCCAUAGUCAGCACUCCAAUUACUAUACUAUUUGUCUGACAAUUCAGCAAGCUUGCUGUCGCGCGCGAUGCGUUUUCAUGGGAAAAAAAAAAGAUCGACCGAGGGAUCUUCAAGCGGCGUACAAAUAUAGCUUGUAAGUUUUUAUUUCGAUAAUUUCGUUGUCCAUUAUUAAUUAAUAUUAAUUAUUAUUUUAAUAUCAUAUACUUAAUAUAUUAGACAUCUGUAGCUGAGGAGAUAUUUUUUUCCUUGUGCAAGACUAAUACCUAUAUUUUAUAUGAGAAUUUCAAAACCCUUUACAGUAUUUUCAAUUAAUUUUGUCUUCUCGUAUGUCGAAACUUUAGUUUUUCUUCUACUCUUUUCCUUUCUCCAUCAGAUAAAACUUUCUACUAACGGAUAAUUAUUUAAGCUCUGAAAAUUUAUAACGAGUUGAUUGAUGAUUUUGUCAAUGUACUGCGAAAGCACCGCCUUGCUGCUUGAAAGCGAUAUGCAAAAAGCACGUAAUGAUAAUUUUUCAUUAUCGGGAGCAAAUUUUUUGACACACCCGUGCAGCUUACAAUUUGCACUUUUAACUUUUCAUUCCAAGUUACGUUACGGUCGACAGCCUAAUUUUGUGCUUUCGUUUGGCUUUCCAGCACGUAGGCGAUGAACGAUACAUUUGGUUGUAAGACGAUCAUACCUAGAAUAGUUUCGUUAGGUAAAACUGAUGAUUAAUGAUAAAUGAUUUGCUUAAAGUGAAAACGAGCGAAUAAAUACAUACAAGUGAAAA